AUUUUAUUUUAUAACGUCAAGCAAAGCUUCAAUCAGGGCGGAUUGUGGUUUGAUCUUUGCACUUAAUUGUACAAUUAUUAGUUAGGACCUUUUCGUUAGUGCCGAUUAUCGAACAGUGUGCAAGUGAAGAGGCGCUGUAUUUUAGCAAUAAUUUAUUUUCGCGUAAAGCAGUUAUAAAUGGGUAGGUCUAGUCGUUCCCCAAGAAAACACCACAAGAGCACAAGAAGUAAAUCUAAAGAAAGAGCUUCAAGUAGUUACAAAACCAUAGAGAGGAUUGAAAAAGACAAAUCGAAAGAAAGAAACAAAACAAGAAAACGAUCUCACUCGGUAUCCUCCACGAGUAGCAGUAAUUCAUCAGAUGACAUGUGCAAAAGUGACAGAUACUCGAACAAAAGACACAAACUGAAGAAAAUGGACGAGGUAGAGCGUUUGGCCGAGAUGGAGAGGCAGAGGAGGCAACGAGAGGCAGAGCAACGUUUGAUCCAAGAGGAAACCGCAAAGCGAAUAGAAGAUCUGGUGAAGAAACGGGUGGAAGAGGAAUUGGAAAAGCGGAAGGACGAAAUCGAGAGGGAGGUGAACAAGCGAGUGGAGGAAGCCAAACGGAUCAUGGAGAAAGAAAUGAUGGAAGACUUAGAAAAACGUCGGGAAAAACUGAAAGAAGAAGAGAAACGUAGGGAGGAAGAAGAGAGGCGAAAGCACGAAAUGGUCGAGAAGAUCCUCGAAGAAAACCAGAGGAAAAUUGAAGAGGCACAGAAGAAAUUGGCAGAAGAGAGGUUAGCGAUGAUCGAGGAGCAAAGGAAAAUGGACGAAGAAAGACAGAAGCUGAGGAAGGAGCAAGAAAAGCGCACGAAAGAGGAACAGAAGAAAAUUUUAGGAAAGAACAAUUCGAGGCCGAAGUUAUCGUUCUCGCUAAAGCCCGUCUUAUAGCUACUGUUAGCUUCAAGUGUGAUAAAAACGUAAUAAAUUAACUAAGAUUAAGCGAUUCUAGUUUAAAGUAUGCUUAGAAUAAUUAUUAGGGUUUUAUAUCCGAGUGUACAUUUUUUUAUUACAUAUUGAUAAUCGACCGUUUUUUAUUGUUUCUAUGAAAUAAUAAUGGU